GCAGUCGGCGCAUGCGUACAACUAUUGGCGUGCGGGCUGUAGUCCGUGUUUGUCUUUAUUAUAGAAGAGAUUUUCAUGGAAUUAAGCCACCUUUUUAUGUUUCAAUCGAAUCAUAAUUGCUUUGAACACGCUUUGAAUUUCUCUGCAAUUUUCAACAUUUGUAUCUGGUAAGUACAACCUGCAUAAGCUCAAUUUUAUUCAUUUGAAUGCAUGUAUUCGUAUUACUUCUGCUUUUUCUUUUAUUGACUUAACUUUCCAAAAUCCGACGAGUGACAGCCCCAAUGGCGGAGUCUGUAAAAUUUAGUAGACUUUGAUUAAUAAGUUACACUAGGUCCCAUUAGCAAUAUCUAAAAAUUAGAUAGAAUUUAUUAUAUGUGAAAACGUGACGAUCAUAUCGCAUUAUAUCGAAUGUCGCAUUAUUGUCUGUUCAUAUUUUUAUAACCAGGAACAUUGUGCAACGUACUAGGUAAACGCCCAUUUCAUUGAUGUAUUAAGGGAAGGAGGCCAUAAAGUGGCGCUGCUUUGUCGGACUAUUGAAGUUGUAUAAUAAUAUUAAUAGAAUAGAGAGUGUCCUUGGCUUUUUAGCCUUUAUCAGCUUUAUGAAUUGUAAUGGCGUUGUUUUCGUAAAAUUCGUAAUUGUAUCGCCUCGUGUAUUUUACAGUGACAAAUCCGCGUCGAAGCUUAUCACAGUCGGCUAGCGGCGCCGGACCGUAAAACUACAAAACUAUGGAUGACGGUGUAUCGGAUAUGUGCCUAUUGGAACCGGUUUCGGUUGAUUCUAUUAUAAAGAAUAUUCGAGUUCGUUUUGGCAAGGAUCUUAUAUAUACUUAUAUUGGAAAUGUAGUUAUAUCUAUCAAUCCGUACAAAUUUUUACCCAUUUAUACUAGAGAUGUCAUUUUUCAAUAUCGAAGUAGGAAUAUUUACGAAAUACCACCUCAUAUCUACGCUAUAUCAGAUGAAGCGUAUCGUUCGAUGAGAGAUAGAAACCUGGAUCAGUGCGUUAUCAUAUCCGGGGAAUCGGGAGCUGGAAAGACGGAAGCGAGUAAGUUAAUAAUGCAGUAUAUCGCCGCUGUUUCGGGAAAGGGACGGGAAGUGGAUGAAGUCAAGGAGCAGUUAUUGCAGUCCAAUCCAGUUUUGGAAGCUUUUGGCAAUGCUAAGACUCACCGAAACGACAAUAGUUCAAGAUUUGGGAAAUAUAUGGAUAUAGAAUUCGAUUUUAAAGGAGAUCCAGUUGGUGGAGUUAUUACAAAUUAUUUGUUGGAGAAGUCAAGGGUUGCCAGACAAUCUGACGGAGAGCGCAAUUUUCACAUUUUUUACCAAAUACUUAGCGGUGCUGGAACGUCGUUCUUAAAAUCUUUAAAAUUGCAAAGAAAUCCUGCACAUUAUCAUUAUCUUAGUUCCAAUUCAAUGACCGAAUGUUUGUUAACUGACAAGGAGAAUUUUGAGAUUACAAGAAAGGCCAUGACUACAGUCGGGUUUAAUGUUAAUGAUAUUAUGUCCGUCUUUCAGCUAGUAGCUGUCGUCCUGAAAUUAGGUAAUUUGAAACUGCAGCACCACACAAAAAUAGACGGCAAUGAAGGAUGUAUUAUACAAAAAGAAGAGGAACUGCAAGAAUGCGCUGAGUUGCUCAAAUGUUCGUGUGAUAGAUUAAAAGCUGCAUUAACUCAAAGAACGGUUGAAACAAGUAGCGAAAAAAUUCGAACUGAUUUAUCCUGUACCGAAGCAAUUUAUGCAAGAGACGCUCUAUGCAAAGCAAUCUAUUCUCGUUUGUUUACAUGGAUUGUUGAGAAAAUUAACGAUGGCAUUCGAACUAAACGAAGGGGAAAAAAGAAAUCGAUGGGAGUUUUAGAUAUUUAUGGAUUUGAAAAUAAUGGUUUCGAGCAAUUUAUUAUCAACUACUGUAAUGAAAAGCUACAACAGCUAUUUAUUGAAUUAACUUUAAAAGAGGAACAGGAAGAAUAUAUUAAAGAGGGUAUCGAAUGGAUUCAAGUGCAAUAUUUCAAUAAUGCAGUUAUUUGUUCUUUAAUUGAAAAUCAUUCUCAAGGAAUUCUAUCUUUAUUGGAUGAAGAGUGCCUAAGGCCAGGGACAGUGAGUGAUUCGACUUUCUUGGCAAAGCUAAAUACAAAUUUUGCCAAUCAUGAUCAUUACGAGGCAAGAAAUUGUAAAAAGAAUCAAAACGAUAGGAGUCUACCUUUUGAUGCUUUCCGGCUUAGACAUUAUGCGGGCAAUGUCACUUACUAUGUUGACGGAUUUUUAGAAAAGAAUAACGACCUUCUAUUUAGAGACUUAUCAAAAACGAUGUGGCUUUGUAAACAUCCUCUUACGCCUAUAUUAUUCCCUGAAGGUGAUCCGUACAAGACAUCAAUGCGAAGACCACCGACGACAAGUUCACAAUUCAAAGCCUCUAUUAAUGCCUUAGUUAAGGAUCUACAAACAAAGGUGCCGAAUUAUAUCAGAUGCAUUAAGCCUAACGACGAAAAAAAAAGCGACGUUUUCGACGAGUCUCUCGUUAGACAUCAAGUGAAUUAUUUAGGACUACUGGAAAAUGUACAAGUUAAACGAGCUGGUUAUGCCUUUCGACAGUCUUACACUCAGUUCCUAUUACGUUUCAAAAUGCUUUGCCCUGAACUUUGGCCAACUUACAACGGCAAAAUGGAAAUUGGAGUACGAAAGCUGUUCAGCUAUUUGCAAUUUCCGGAAGAAGAAGUUGCCUAUGGCAAAACUAAAGUAUUUAUUAGAAAUCCGUCUACGUUGUUUUCGUUGGAAGACUUACGAGCGAAAAAAUUACACGAUCUGGCCACUCUAGUUCAGAAGGUCUAUAAGGGAUGGAGUUUAAGAAAAUUAUUUUUGAAGAAGAAACAAUCACAAAUUCUAAUAGCCAGCAGAUGGAAAUGCUUCUUUGCUCGUAUGCUUUUGAAACAAUAUAAAUACGAACAAAGAUGUAAAUGGGCAGCUGAAAUAAUUCAUAAAUACUUUUUGGGCUGGCAAGUUAGGAAGCAAUAUGGUAGAAAAUUUAGGAGAAUAGCUGGACCAAAAAUUGCCAAGUUUAUUAAAGCUACUUUGCGAUAUAGGUUUUUAACGCACGUCAUACAAAAUUUACCAACAAGUUCGCCUGCGGAUCAUAGAUGGCCAACCUCUCCAAAAUUAUUUACUAAAACUUCAGAACAGCUGCGUUUAUUACAUCACAAAUGGAGGUGUUUAAAGUAUAGAGGAAUGUGUGAUCAAAAGUCGCGGAGCCGGAUGAGGGAGAAAGUUAUGGCAUCUGAAACUUUUAAAGAUCGAAAGAUUUCAUAUCCUAAUAGUGUGCCACAUCCUUUUAAGGGAGAUUACGUUCGAUUAAAGCAAAAUCACAAAUGGAAAAAAAUGGCUACGAGAAAUGACGAUUUACACCUAGUGUUUGCUGAUAUAGUUUCUAAAGUGAAUAGGAAGAAUUGCAAGACGGUGUUUCAAUUACUUGUGAUAUCAACAAGUGCAGUCGUCAUAUUGGACCAAAGAACUCUGGUUGUAAAGUUUCGUUUACCUCUUAAGAGCAUUCAUUCGAUUUCCUUAUCGCCCUUUGCGGACCGAAUUAUGAUUCUGCAUGUGAUGAAGUCUCAAGAAAAUGGCGAUUCUAAGCAUAAGAAAGGUGAUAUAAUGCUAGUUUCGGAUCACGUGAUUGAAAUCGUUGCAAAAAUAUGUCUUCUCGUUCAGGAUACGACGGGAAGGAAGCCGGAGGUUAUCAUUAGUAACCAAUUGCAGGCGGACUUUUGCGGAGCAUGCGUUGAUUUGUCUUUCAAAACGAACGAUCCUGAAAUGAUGUCAGGAUAUAUUAAACUAUCUAGGAAUAAUAACAAGAUUGAAGUGACCGACGGAAAAUAA